AUAAUUUACUAUGUUUUCUUUUACAGCGAAACUGAUUAUUCAGAGGUGGACUCAUAUAAGAGAUAAUUACAAUCGAUCAUAUAAAAAGAUACAAGAUCAGAAGAGGUCGGGAAGUGGCGCCAAAACAGCAAAACCUUAUGUUUAUAGUAAACAGUUAUCCUUUCUGCAGAAAAUAGUACAACCUAAAGAGACAAUAAGCAAUGACACUACCGAAAAUCACAACACAGAAACCGAAAAACAGAAAAAUAAUUCUGAAGGAAACGAAACAUUGGAAGCAAACUUUGUACAGACAUCAGAUAAUAUGGUAAAAAUGAGCCCAAUACCUAAAAGUAUUCAUAAAAGACCUAUGAAGAAUGCAGUUAAUCCUCUAGAUGCGAAGAUGAUGAAAUUUAUGGAUUCUUAUUCAUAUAAUGAAUCUAAAACAAUGAAUCGGCAUCUUUCAUUUUUUAAUGGGAUAAUACCAACAUUGGAUAAGUUUGAUGAUGAUGAAGUCCUCGAAUUCCAAAUGGGAGUGCUACAAUUAUUGAAAAAUAUUAAAAGCAGUCGCCGUCGGGAGUCGCCGUCGGAAAUCGUCGUCGUCUAUAGGCCUCCCAUGAAUUCAUAGAGGACAUUUUACUCAGGAAUACCAAAAUGAUACCACAAACUACAAAUUCCAUCCCUAUCAAGAUUCUCUUGUAAGUCCGGCCUCUGUCGAAUCCUCCGAUUCUA